AGGAGGAUGAAGAGGAAGAGGAGAGGUCAACGACAGGUGGCGGUUCAAGCAAUCUGAUUGUCUUUGGUAAUGAAAAGAUGGAUUACCGAGUGGUAGACAACAAGACCAUUAUCCACAACCCUGCACCGGUGAUAUCCGAUGCCAUGACAAACCAAGUGAUAGCUAUUGCUUCCGUGACCGAACAACCACAGCAGCCGCAGCAAGUUGCCGUGGAUGAUACCGAUGAGGAAAUUGAUAUCUUGUUUUAGACUUUAUGUUUUCUCGCAAUGAUUCUAUUUUAUUUAUUCCAAUCUCUCUUGUAUAAAAAAUUUGUGUAUUUUCUAUCCCCCCUCCCCUAUCCCAUCCCUUCUUGUUACAUAGUCUCAUCUUUGUUUAUCCCAUUUGUUUUAGAAAUUCCUUUUAUUUUUCAUCUUGAUUAUAUUCCCCCCCUUUUUCUCAUGUCUUUUGUAUCAUUUUUCCCAAAUAAUAAAAAGCUUUUCCCAUCUAAUGAUACAGGUGUCCUGGUGGCUUGAAAGUGUUUUUUUUCUUUUUUUUUUUUUUCUCCCCC